AUGCUCAAUUCUCAUCAAGAUGAUCCAGUUCACCAUAUUUCACCAAACGAGUGGAACUCUUUAUUUUCAGCUCCACUUAAUCCGACAGUCUUUGCAACUUUGGCUGCUAAUGGCGUAUUUCAACGCUCUAACAUUGGUUUACCACCGUCGCUAUGGAUGUCUCCCGCAUCUACAUCCCCUUCAACUCCAUUGUAUCCACCCCUGACUCAGCUCACAAUACCCUCACAUCCCGAGCCAUCCCCGCUAUCUUCCAAUAAACCUUCCUCCCCCUCAGAUUCAUUGACUAUCGAGUCAAAAUCUGCAAUCUUUAGCGACAUUUUCUCUGAUGACCUCUUUGGUUCCCCAAAUCCAGACCACGCUCAGAGCACAUUCACAUCUCCUAGACUGUCCGGCUCCCCUGACCUUGAGUCAACGCCACCCUAUGACGAGAACGACCCAGAAAAACUCGCAAAGCAAGAUCCUCUUGCAACACAAGUCUGGAGGAUGUACGCAAGGCAAAAGGCAAAUUUACCUCAUGCGCAGAGAAUGGAGAACAUCACUUGGAGAAUGAUGGCCCUCGCGUUGAAGAAGAAGAAAGAGGAAGAGGAUGCGGCAAAUGCCACGUCAAAGAUAGAUAUCAAAUCAGAAGCCGCCCCCACUCCUAUCCCUGACCUCGACGAGGGAAGAGGCCGUAGAAUUGACAAGGAAGAUGACGAUGUCGUAGCCAUGGACUGGCGUGCCAUGAGCAGAUCACGCUCUCGCAUAUCAAUGGACUGGAGACCUCAAAGUCGUUCCCGUUCAAGGCCACCCCAGUCCGCAGCCGUCUUUGAUCAUCACGGUAUGAUCUCUGUUCAAUCUGAUUCCCGGGAAUCACAUCUUGAAGGCCUCGCAUCGUCGCCCAGCAUCCCGAUACCUGGUGCGUCCGCUCAUCGUCCUUAUCCGGGGUCUUCUUCGGCACCCCGCUCAGGUCUUUCUGGUACCCUCCCAGCCGUUUAUGAAAACCAAGUCGACAACGAUCCACUCUCAUUCACUCACGGACUCCACCACGACCAACAACUCGGUCAGCUCAACCACUCCCUGUCUGCGCUUAAUACCCCCGCUUUCCACCCGUCCUCGCUCCCCUCUUUCGGUUUCCACGGAGGUUCGAAACUGCUGCCAGAUCAGUCACCCAAAGCACGUGCAUUCCCCAGGCACGUGCGAAAAACGAGCUUCGAUCAUACCGUGAAGCGGGAGGGUUUAUUCACCGGUGUCAGCGGCAGACACCAGGUCAAUGGCAAGCCCUUGUCGCCCGAUAGUCUUAUUGGGCAGAAACGGAGAGCAGAAGCACCUCACGCAGAGAGCAUGCUGCGUGCAGAUCCCUCCAAUGUAGACGGCAAUCCCCGCACCACUCAGGAGCCAGAUCAGUACGUGAGCACCAGUCCCUUCCCUUCCACCCCUUUCAACUUCUGCUUCCCGCGGGACUACGGGAUGUUUGAUAUGCAUGGUGGCUCACAUAACGAAUUCUCGCAUAUGCUCCACUCCACGGACGAUUCUCAUUCGUCAUUCCAUGAUUCUGUUUCACAUCCUUUGGGUGGUUCUGCAUACGGGCCUUCUUCGGGCCUCCAUGAGGGUCUAUCCGCUGCGGCUGCGGCUGCAAGUGCAGCGAUGGCCGAAGGAUAUCGUAAUCUAAGUGCCGCUGCCAACUUCCAGUCAGACGACUACAGCCAUCUACUCGGACUUCCAUUCGGAAACCUGGACGCUAGCGUCAAUCUAGCACAGGGCCCAUAUACGGUUGAUCCCACACAGAUCCUUCCAGUGGAGCAUGGCGACGGGGUCUUACAGAGCUACCAUGCUAGUCCAUCAAGCGACGGAUGGGGCAAUGGCCUUACGUCCAGCUCGACCGCAUCCCCUGAACCAUAUAUAACCUCGAGCGCUUCUUCACCUCCAUCUGUCGAAGGUACUACCACGGGGUCCAACCCACGGAAUCAGAUGCGGAAGAUCGCUUCGACGAAACGCAUAGCCCAGGACAUUCGGCGCAAGAAAUCAGUUUCAGCACUGAGCCCCACAAUCGGCACUGUAUCUCGAUCAGCGACGAGUACACCUGAUCUGAGUACGAGGGACGGGAGCGCUGGGAAUACGAAAGGCAGUAGUGAUGAUGGGGACCAGCCACCCACUUCAUGUACGAAUUGCCAGACGACGAAUACGCCGCUUUGGAGACGCGAUCCCGAGGGACAGCCUUUGUGCAAUGCAUGCGGGCUAUUUUUUAAACUGCAUGGUGUCGUUCGUCCGCUGUCGUUGAAGACGGAUGUGAUUAAGAAACGAAACCGGGCUUCUGGUGCGCCCAAUGGAAAUGCACGCAAAGGGGGUGCUGGAUUGCCCAAACUUGCAUCGUCAAAUACUCGACCGCGCGCGUCGACGACUAGUACGGUGCCGACUGGAUUUGCAAAUGGUCGAGGAACGACGAAUGCAAAUAGAGUGGGGCUGGGCCCAUCUCCCCCCGUGGCGAUGAAGAGACAACGUCGUACGUCUGCAAGUGGGCAGAUGCCUAGUGUUUCUACGUCUCGAAGGGAGCUUGCUUCAAAAGACUUUAAAGAAUCCCGCCGCGUCUCUCGCACUGACCUCGAUUUCGAACAGGCACUUCGUCACGGUGGUACGGUCAAGCUCAAAGAAAGUCUUGAUAUCAGUACAUUAGGCGUGUCUGACAGCCCUGCUUCUCCUGCACAUGAAUUCACUUCGCCUUCACCCCCGUCGAGAGAAUUGCGCACACCACUGGGACGCGCUCACGCCCACACUCACCCUUACGCCUACGCCCCGCCCACGCCCGUCGUCGUCCCACCAACACCAUCCCCAGCCCCAGCCCCCGACCCCUCCCCUGCUCGAUGCUCCUCCGCGACCUCCUCCAACGACGUCUUCUACGAUGCCGAAGACCCCGACAUGCAAACCAGACGUCGGUCCUUGUAUCGCGCCCCAGGCACCUCCAGCAGUCCCGACCUUGCAACUCUCGUGCGCAAAGCGAAAGAAAGGGGAGGGGUGAUUCCGCAGGUUGAGAAACGCGCGGAGCCGCCGUUGCCUGCUGGUGCGUCGAAACAUGGCCAUGGACAUGGACAUGGGGCUUCGCGUCCUAGAUCGUCGACUUCUGCUUCGCCUCCUGUUGCUUCUUCUUCUUCUUCUGCUUCGCCCGGUGCUCCGACGGUGAAUGUUACGCCUGCUGUGUUGAGGUCUUCGAAGAUGGGUGUGAGGGAGUUGUCGAGUCCGAGUUCGGAGUGGACAAGCGCAUUUCUGGGCAAGAUGCUGGGUCAGUCGACUACUCGGGACCGGUCGCGGACGGACGCUUCUUCGACUGGGUCUCCGCGCUCACGACCGACUUUUGUGGAUAGUUUUGCACCUCCUGUGCCCCCGCUACCGGACGACACUCCUCGCCCCUCUGCUGUAUCCCCCACCUCUGAAUCCUUCACGAGUUCCUAUUCAAGUUCUACAGAUCACAAACCCCUACCUCCCAUCCAUCACGGUUCGGUCACUGAUGAAUCAGACGAUCGGUCUCUUGUCGUAAUUGAUCCCAUGUCGCGAACACGAGAUCGAACGCUGGCUCCUGAAACACGUCUUAACGACAAACUAAGGCCAGAGGGCAGGUUCAUUAGUCAUAACAAGCGAAGGAGCAUGAGCGUGAGCGACAUUGAUUUACAAAAACUAAACGUUCCUUCUUCGCCUGCACCCACGCUUCCUCCCAAGGACUCUGCUCCAUCAACCGAGUUCCAGGCUUGGGAGUCUUCGUCAUCGCUCCACGGGAUCCUUAGUGAAUUGCAGGGUGUUUUGUCUCAGCUUGAUCCAGAGUCUGGUUCAUCGCUGGACUUGCGUGACCCUUCUACGCCUGCGAGGCGUGCUGCGUAUACCCGGUUGAAGACUCAGACUCCUGAAUAUAGGUAUCAAAGGGAUACUUCAAAAUCUCCGGUGUUACCCCCCGUUCCGCCGUCUACCCCGAUCACGGAUGAAGAGAGGGGGAGGGAUUUGGCGGCGAAGUGCUAUACCGAGGAUGAGGAUUUCUUGGCAAAGGAGAAGAUUGCGGAGUGGUUGGGUGGACAUGGGCAAGUCAACAAGAUAGCACUCCAUUAUUACAUGGGUUACUUUGACUUUACGGGGCUGAGGCUCGAUGUUGCGUUUAGACGUCUUUGCGCAAAACUGUACCUCAAGGCUGAGACUCAACAAGUGGACCGUAUUCUUGAGGAGUUGAGUCGGCGCUUCUGGGACUGCAACCCUACGCGUCUAUACGGCAGUGCUAGCGUCGUCCAUGCUGUCGUCUAUUCUAUUCUCCUCUUGAACACCGACCUCCACAUUGCAGACAUUGCAAACAGGAUGUCGAGGAGCCAAUUCGUCCGCAACACGAUGACAGCCAUUCAGAUGCAGACUCACCCGAGUCGCUACGGCUCGAGUCCGGACCUGAACGACGACAAUAGCAGUGGGCCGCUGACGGCAUCUGAUGGUACUGAGACGCAGUCCCUCGCUCGGUCAAAGAGAAGUGGUAGUAUAGCAAGCUGGAAUAGUAUCUCCAAAGAUGCAUUCUUUAAUUCCGCUGCGGCUUCUUCUGCUGUUUCGACAGCGCAGCCGUCGCUGAAUAGCAGCACCACAUCUUUCCACCACUCUUCUGGUCCAGAGUCGAAACCUCCGAGUACUGCUCCCUCGACGGUUGUGUUUGAUAGGAACUGGGAGAUGGACAUGGAAAGCUUGCUCAAGGUAGUUGUUGACUCCAUGGGUAAUUUCCUCACCCCUUCUCUCGGUUUCGCGUCCAACUUGUCCCAUACGAUCAUUAGGGAAGCACAGGAGGAUGAGGACCGAAGCUACCGCAGCCAUGAAUCUAGCUCGACGACUAUUAGCAUCACCGAUGAAGAACUUGCGCUUCUCGGGGCACCAUGGGCAAAGGAGGGGAUGCUUUGUCGGAAGCAGUACUGGGAGUCUGCGGGGAAGAGAGCAAAGUCUAAGAACUGGAUGGACGUGUUUGUGGUCAUUCAAAGAGGGGAGCUGAAUAUGUUCACAUUUGGAGAUCAUGGUGGAGGUUUCUCUGCCGUCGUUGGUGGCGGGAAUUGGCUGGAAAACGCCCAGUCCGUUGGCGCAGUACAACUGUCUCAUUCGCUGGCACACUCCUUGCCUCCACCAGGCUACAACAGGCAACGUCCCCACUGCAUGGUUCUAACCCUGUCCAACGGCGGUGUAUUCUUCUUCCAAGCCGGUACAGAGGAGCUCGUCAACGAGUGGGUCUCGACGUGCAACUACUGGGCAGCACGUACCAGCAAAGAGCCAUUAGCAGGUGGCGUUUCAAACAUGGAGUACGGCUGGAAUCGUGUCACCGAUGCGCUGCAGGGACGCUCUGUAUCGGACGAACAGAAGCCCGAACACGAUCGUGCCGAUUCGAUGAGCGUGCGGAGCGGUCGCAGUGGCCGAAGCAAGCUCGGGUGGAAAGAGAGCGCUGCUACCGUCCGCGCACAUUCGCCGUGGUCGGAGAGAUUGUUCAUCAAUGAUUGGAAGCCUCCUAUUCCACCCUCAAUAUCCAGCAUUCAUGAUGAGGAAACCCAACUGGAGGCACUCCAAAAAUAUGUGCAUAUGUUGAAGAAGGAUCUCAAGCAUCAUAACGAACUGAGAGAACCGAUGGGUGCUCUGUACGCACCGCGUUCAACGAACGGAGCGAAAGCUCUGAGUAAUUGGGAGAAGAAGUCGCAAUUCCUGCUCACGGAAAUUGUGAAGUACGACUCUUAUGUCGAGUCACUGCAAUCCGCCAUGAAUCUGCGUCUGAAGAAGAGAGGCGAAAAGGCGUUGGAACGCGCUCUGGUUGUUGCUGUACCCGACGACAAUGACCCCGCGACAGCGUCCGGCAACUGGAGAGGUUACCCAGAGGAGACGAUCCCCGAGGACGAUGAGCCACCACCGAGUAGAAUUCCCAAAAUCUCUCCAUUCCAUCGCAGGGAGAUGGCGGAGGAAGGGUAG